GCUUUGUAACUUGGACAACAAACAGCGUGUUUGAUGUUAAGCACUCCGGUUGCCUCGCAGCCAACGACACCAAGCAGAAGAAAACAAAAUAGCCGUCCGUUUUCUGGCCCACCUCCCGCCUUCCAUCGCGUCUCCGGAUGUAAUCACACAUCCCGUGGCCUUUUUAUCUGUCUCCACACGUCCGAGGACACCAGCCUAUCCGUACCUGCCCAAGUACUUGCUCGGACCAGGAGCAUGUGCCCUACGUCACAUGGAAGACAACGAGCCCUCUCGGUGGCUGCCCGGACUUUCACAGCUGCCACGACGACUGACUCUUUCUGUUGGCACCGUGACUCCAUCCCAGACACAAGACUUGUCAGAAAAGGCGCCGCUGAGCUCUUGUAGGCGCUCUUCCCUGCCUUCAACCUCCCACCCGUAUCUGCACCAAGGGCAGCCCACAGCUGUCCACCCCGGCCUUGCUGGUCCAGGUGCAAACCGCCCUGCUUUCCAGAAAGGGGUUGAAUAUGGGUCAGGGUCGUCCUCCAGCGAUGACUGCAGCUCCGCCAGUUACGAAUCCUCGACGUCCACUACCGGGUCUCACCUCCACAUCGGCGUGCCUUCCAUACCUACCGUUCCACCAAAGCUUGGAACAAGGUCACAAUACCCCUCUGAGGAUGGGAACAGAUCUUUUUUCGAAAUACAGAGAUUUGAAACCUUAGAGGCUAAAUGGAAGAAGCUCGAGACCAAGAGGGACGAGGUCCGUGGAAUGCGUGAGGACAUCUUGCGUUUGAGACGGAAGACACAAAGAAGACGCUUGCGCAAGGACUCUGCUGACAAUUCCUUCAUGUCCUUUUUGCGCCCUCUCCUGGUGUCCACCAAAGCUACAAGUUCACUCACUACGUCGCAUUCUCGUCUGCGGGAGCUCUUUGAAUGCAUGCAAAAGGCACGGGAUAAAUGUCAAGAUGUGGAAACCACCUUGGAAUUGAUGGAAGAAAAUUUAGGAUACGCUGAGGAUGAACUGAACGGUCAAGAAAAGUCACUCAUCGAUGAACUCCGUCCGGAUGCCAAAAUCGCGACCAACGCGAAGGCUCCAGAGCCCACGAAACGCCGUUCCUCUUCUCCUCUCCCUACUUCACUCCUUGGCAUUGGCGCAGAGGGCCCCGAGGACUUCCACCCACUCUACAAAAAGUUCAUUUCAGAGGUCGGCUAUCUCCAGCUAGCCGAGGAACACCACCGAGAUCUUCUCUUCCGCAAAGAAUCGAUCGAACGAGAGCAGGAUCAUCUGAAGCUUGCGCAAGAUUACCGCCCACCCAAUGACAGGCGGCUCGAGACCCAGGAUUUGACAUUUCUGAAAGACUUCGGUCUUCAUAUGCAAGAAAGCAUUUCUGAGAUGGAGAAGCUUCAGGUGGAUGUGGAACGGCUUCGACAAAUGUGUCGAAACCGAGGUGUAUUUCCCAAGCACGCGCCUCUGCACGAAGCUUACAGAUUUGAGCGCGAUCUUGGCGACGACAUCUUUCUCAGUCCCGAUCCGGUCGAGGACAAAGAUGCCUUUCCACUGUUCACCUCCCGUUUCGGAGUCCUGCUCUACAGUCCAAAGCAUCUUAUCGAGGAACCCCCGAUCACGGCAAAGGCAGCAUUGAGAAGGGCUGUAAGCCUGAAGGAUGGCGAUAUACUAUAUCCAUUCAAGCAGGAAAUGUUCGCAACUGCCGCCAAAGAGUAUCUCAUCGAGCACUUGAUCCAGGACGCCAAGGAUUCCGACAAGACUGAUUUCAUCAACCGCUGGCUGCUGCACCGACUGAGGACCUCUGCUGUGGAAGUGGAGCUUCUCUACUCAUUGUUUGUCUCGUCGUCUUCUUUAACGAUUCUUGACUUUGAACAAUGGCAACAGGAUGUUCUUUUCUACUGGACAAGGGAUGACCAGGCACGACUCCCACCCGAGCGGUUUAAUGGGCCCGUCACAUCAGAGUGUACGGAAGGGUCAUCCGUCUUGGCUGAUUCCUCUGUUAAGCCCGGCCUUCAGAGCGACCCAACCGAAGGAACCUACACGAAUUCGUCUUCAACAUCAUGAACCCAUAUCUGAUUUGUUUUACCUCCUAUGUGAGGGUUGUGGAAGGUGUGUUCUGCGACACACUUUCACGAUACGUUUUACUGUCGAUGCCCCUGGGCUUGAAACCCAGCGAGUGGCGUCAAGAGAAAGAACCUUUUGUGUGGAUAAAUGUUUUGAUACCCAUCAUGCGGCCUCUCUUAUAUCUGUAAUUGUUGAAUUGUCACUUUUCUUUUCUUUUUUCUUUGCAAGCGAGGCGCUUGGGAAUAUUGUAAAAUUGUUACUCAUAAAGCAAAAGGACGGAACUGACUCCACCUUAUUCAUCCUUGAGAUACCCGGUCAGCAGUUUAGAUCGCAUGUACAUGGCACACGUUCGCUAUAUACACUGUACUUAUAUUGAAAUUGUCUAGCCUGCGCGGCAUGCCUCUGAAAUUAUAAUUCUGGACAGAUAGAACGUGACAGCGCACAAAAUCUAAGCACGCCCUCAUUAACUUCACUCCGGCCCCAAAAACUGCCAAAAAUCACGAAUUCAUCAGCGCUACUACAGACCUUGACCAGAGCAGGGAGCACAGCUGAAUCUGGACAGCAAACGCCCGGAGCGAGGACACCCAGC